UUUUUAGGGUUCCUCAAAGAUGCAGUGCUUGUGCCCGCGAGCGUCCGGAGGAGUGGUGGCCGCGAUUAGGGCAGAAGCCGGGGCGAAGGUGUCGAUCAAAUCGCGGGGCAGCGCCCAGCUUCAGCGCUGGGCGAGGGCGCGGCGUGCCAGGACGCUCAUCAAUCAGAAGAGCAAUUCGAAUGCGGCGGGUGUGCUGGACAGGGAAGGCGCCAAGAGCGACGAGAGCGAUCGGGAUGACGAUCGGGAUCGGGAUGAGGAGGAAGACGAUGGCAGGGCUGGGGGGAAAUCCGUGUUUAUGGUGUCGGAUGGCACGGGAUGGACUGUGGAUCACUCGGUUCACGCCGCCUUGGGGCAAUUCGAGCAUUGCUUGGCUGACAGGGGAUGCGCUGUGAAUACUCAUCUCUUCUCCGAGGUGAAUGACAUCGAUCGAUUAAUGGGAGUGAUCCACCAAGCCGGCGCAGAAGGAGCCAUCCUGGUCUACACACUUGCGGAUCCAGCCAUGGCCGAGGCGGCGAAAAGGGCUUGCCAGAUGCUCGCAGUUCCUUAUCUAGAUAUCCUGGGACCGAUCACAGACGCUCUCGGCUCACACCUCAACGUCAUCCCACUGGGACUUCCCCGAGGAGCUCCCGGACGCAAGAGCGCACUCUCCAAGCAGUACUUCAAGAGGAUCGAAGCGGUGGACUUCACCAUCAAGCAGGACGAUGGAGCUCUCCCACAAAACUUACACAAGGCCGACCUGGUCCUGGUGGGAGUUUCCAGGACGAGCAAGACACCUCUGUCGACGUACUUGGCUCAGAUGGGAUACAAAGUCGCGAACGUCCCUUUGGUGCUUGGGAUCGAAGCACCAAAGGAGCUCUUCCAGAUUGACCAAGACAAGAUCUAUGGCCUCACCAUCGACCCGACGUUCUUGAGAUCUAUUCGUGCUGCUCGCUACCGCCACCUGGGGCUUGGGAAAGAAACCAAGAGCUCGUAUUUCGACAUGGAGCACAUAAGAACGGAGCUCCAGUACAGUAGGGAGCUGUUUAAGAAGAAUCCAACAUGGCCAGUGAUUGAGGUGACGGGGAAGGCCAUAGAAGAAACAGCCGCAGUGAUAUUGAGGAUUUAUCACGAGCGCAAGAAUAAGUACGUUAUACCAAGGAUCUCGAAACGGUAUUGAUCAAUAUUGUAUAGUUUUCGCUAACACAAGCUAUGAGUCUUUGUUAUCUUUAUCUUUUGGACACGAUAAGUUUCUGCUUAUCCAGUGGCCUAGAACAAGCAAUGCCAUCUUCCUCGACGUA